CUUCGAUCGUCUCUUUUGCAUGAUUAACAGUUAACAUUGUCGAUUUUGACUAUUUUAUAUAUAUGACGACGAGCAUGGAAAAAUACAAGAAUUUAUCAGAUUUUCUCAAGAGAUUCUACAUUCCUUCGUACGUUCUCUCGCCUGACAAAGCCGAGCCUUUGGUGCAACCUAGUAGUGGUACUCAACCUGAGAGCCCGAUCCUCGUAUUCAUCAACUCCAAAAGCGGAGGUCAACUAGGAGCUGAACUCAUCCUUACCUACCGCACUCUGCUCAACGAUAAGCAGGUUUUUGAUCUAGAGGCAGAGACUCCGGAUAAGGUGCUGCAGAGAAUUUAUCUUAAUCUAGAGAGGCUAAAGGACGAUGGUUUCGCUUGCAAGAUUCGAGACAAGUUGAAAAUAAUCGUUGCAGGGGGAGAUGGAACAGCUGGUUGGCUCCUUGGAGUUGUUUCUGAUCUUAAAUUGUCGAAUCCACCACCAAUUGCUACGGUUCCUUUGGGUACAGGAAACAACCUUCCGUUUGCAUUUGGAUGGGGUAAGAAAAAUCCUGGAACAAAUAGGUGUUCCGUGGAGUCCUUUUUGGAUCAAGUGAUCAACGCAAAAGAGAUGAAGAUAGACAAUUGGCACGUACUUAUGAGGAUGAAGGCACCCGAAAAAGGCUCUUGUAAUCCUAUGCCACCUCUUGAGCUACCACAUGCAUUUCAUAGUGUUUUACCAUCAGAUCAAGAAUAUAUGGAAGGUUACCAAACAUUUCGUGGGGGAUUCUGGAAUUACUUUAGCCUGGGAAUGGAUGCUCAAGUAUCCCAUGCAUUUCAUUCCCAGAGAAGACGUCACCCAGAAAAGUUUAAAAGUCAGCUGGCUAAUCAGAGCACAUAUCUUAAGCUUAGUUGCACUCAAGGAUGGUUUUGUGCCUCUCUUUUUCACCCUUCUUCACUAAACAUAGCUCACCUUGCGAAGGUUCAGAUUUGUAAUAAACUUGGCCAGUGGAAUGAUCUUGUCAUUCCCCAAAGCAUCAGGUCCAUAGUAUGUUUGAAUCUUCCUAGCUUUUCUGGAGGUCUAGAUCCUUGGGGAACACCAAAUCCCAAGAAACAACGUGAUAGAAGCCUAACUCCACCAUUCGUUGACGAUGGACUCAUCGAAAUAGUUGGGUUUAGAAAUGCUUGGCAUGGUCUUGUUCUGUUCACUCCAAAUGGCCAUGGGACACGACUUGCACAGGCAAACCAAAUCAGGUUUGAAUUUAAAAAAGGUGCAGCGAAGCAUGCAUACAUGAGAACGGACGGAGAGCCAUGGAAACAACCACUUCCACUGGAUGAUGAAACUGUGAUGGUAGAGAUCUCACAUCAUGGACAAGUCAACAUGCUUGCAACCCAAAAUUGCUGCUCCAAAAGCAUGAAUGAGUCUUCUUCCACAACCCGGUUUAGUGAUGAUGAAGAUGACUCAUCCAAAGUUCUUUGAUAUUUCUUAUCUUAGAUAUUCAGUUAUAUGUUUGACUCUUAAAACAAUCUUCCUCCUUUUUUUAUGUGGCUUCUGUGUUUAGACUCUAAUUUAAAACUCUAAUCUCGUUGGGAUGUUUUUUGUUCCAGAAUCUACUACAAACAUUUAAAUCAAAUCUCUUUUUUGUGCUCGUAUUUUAACUACUAACGAUCAUCAACCCAGCGCCCAGACGCACCUAGCCUCUGUUUCUUGACCCCUGUUCUUUCUCCUUAUGUUCAGACAUCCAAAUCAUAACAAAAUGACACAGUUAUGCGGCUGUUCUCU